AUGUCCCAAUCUACACAGAGAUCUACCCCAUGUAUUUUUUGCAAUAUUAUAAGUGGAGAUGCACCUGGAAAUUUGUUAUUCGAAGAUGAUAAUUAUGUUGUCAUCAAAGAUAUCAAACCUGCAGCUAAACAUCAUUAUUUGAUAAUACCUAGGAACCAUAUUCUAGAUGUCAACAAUUUAUCAACAGCUGAUCACAGAAGAUUAUUAGAAGAAUUGAUAGUAUGCGGUAAAAAAUUUUUGGGAGAAAAUGGGGGUGAUCUUGAUGAUAGUAGACUUGGUUUCCAUGUCCCCCCAUUCAAUUCCAUAGCACACUUGCAUCUACAUGUUAUAUCACCAGCUUCCCAGAUGAGUUUCAUAAGUAGAUGUAUCUUCAAACCGAAUACCUGGUGGUUUCAAACAGUAAGCAAAUAAGGAGUACCUAGCUAAU